UGCUGUGAACACUUGUGUUAGAUCUUCAUAUAAACAUGCACUUUCUACUCUUUAAUUAAAUGCCUAAGUGGAGCAUCUGGAUCCUGUGAGAGGUGUGUGUUUAACAUCCUGGGAAACGGCCAAAUUGCCUCUGGGGUUGUGCUGCUACUGUGGGUUCCUAACAGCUGUGCACGGCAGUUCUCAGCAUCCAGCACGAGUGGUCUCUGAAACUCAGCCGCUCCAAUGGCGUCUUGCAAUUUGAUUCAGCAGCUCACAAGGACGCUGGACAUCUUCUCGUGCUCAUGUUGCUGAUCAUAUCCUCUCUCUGGAAGUCUAAGGCAAAGCCUAAUGGCAAGAAGCCUGCAGCAGAGGAGAAGAAGGUGUACCUGGAGCCGGAGCACACCAAGUCCAGGAUCACUGACUGCGAGUUCAGGGAGCUGGUGGUGCUGCCCCGUGAGAUCGACCUCAAUGAGUGGCUGGCUAGCAAUACAACAACAUUUUUCCACCACAUCAACCUGCAGUACAGCACCAUCUCUGAGUUCUGCACAGGAGAAACGUGCCAGACAAUGGCCGUGUGCAACACGCAGUACCACUGGUAUGAUGAGCGGGGGAAGAAGGUGAAGUGCACGGCCCCGCAGUAUGUGGAUUUCGUCAUGAGCUCUGUGCAAAAGCUGGUGACUGACGAGGACGUGUUCCCCACUAAGUACGGCAGAGAAUUCCCCAGCUCCUUCGAGUCCCUGGUGAAGAAGAUCUGCCGGUACCUGUUCCAUGUGCUGGGCCAUAUCUAUUGGUCCCACUUCAAGGAGACCCUAGCCCUAGAGCUGCACGGACACUUGAACACGCUAUACAUCCACUUCAUCCUCUUUGCCAGGGAGUUCAACCUGCUUGACCCCAAAGAGACCGCCGUCAUGGAUGACCUCACCGAGGUGCUGUGCAGCGGAGCUGGUGGGGGCAGUGGGGCUGGUGGGGGUCCAGGGGCACAGAACCACGUGAAGGAGAGGUGAGCCCUGGGUGGACGCAGCUGCACACGUGUGGAAAGACAGUCGCGUGUGUUCUGUCCAUGCGUCUGCGUGUGCGUACAUGUGCCUGGGCACACUCUCGGCAAGGGGCCGGGGACCCCGGCUGCAUGGGAGAAUGACUCCACGGAUGCCAGCAGGGCCGCGCCGUGUUUCUUGGCUCCCUGUUGGGUGGGUGAGUGCCGUUUGUAGAGAAGAGCCUUUGGAUUCAUUCACACAACCAACAUUUACUGGACUGAUGCUUUGAGUUCCCUUCUGUGGGUUUUCCUUUCUCUGGUCUUCCAGGGGCUUUGCCCUUCCCUGCUCUGCCCUGCCCUCUGCAGGGCUCAUGGCCA